AUGUAUUUGUAUUGUUAAUUUAUUUGUUUAUUUGUUUAGUUUUAUUUAUUGUUUUAAUUUUUAUUUAUUUAUUUAUUUUAUUUUAUUUAUUUUCAUUUUUAUUAUAUUUUAUGUUUUUAUGUGCUAUUUGUUAAGUUUUUUUUGUGCUAUUUGUUUGGUUUUUUUGCUCUUUUAUUUUAGUUUUUCUCUUUAUUAUUUAUUUAUUUUUUUAAUUAAAUCUUUUUUUUUAGAGUCUUUUGCUUCAAAAUGGCCUAUUUUUAUAUUAGUUAAUAUAAAAUUAUUGGAAGACGGACUAGGUCAACGUCUUAUUUGGGAAAAGACUAACUUUUUGAAAAACUGGGCUUUGUAAACAAGAAUUUUUCUCCUCAGAUUUAAAAAACUUCGUUUGAAAGUUUGCAUAGUUCAUACUAUCUCAAGUUCUUUGUUCCAUUUUAUUAGCUUCGAGAUUAUCUAAUAAUUUUUGGAACGAGAUAAAAAGAAAUGGAUAUUUUAUCUACGGGCUAGAUAAAAAAUCCAAAUUCUUAUUAAAAACUUCGAUAAGAACUUUAUUGA